AACACAUGUUGGAGACUUUUACAGAGUGGGAACAGAGACAGUAGACAAACAAAGCUCUAAGACUGGACUUAUUUUUUUGUUCUUGGAUUACUUCUCUCAAGUCAGCGUCUUAAUGAGUUUGCGUCUUUGCAUCAGAGUGUAUGAACGUGAAAGUUUGUGUGUGAAGUGUGAAUGUGAUUGUAACUGUUUCUAGACAUGGAUGCAUCCUUUGCUAUGAGUUCUCUUCUCCUUACCUUUAUACUCUCUCUCCAUCCACACUGCCACCUCCUGGUUUGGGCUGCAAUGGACUCCUGCUACGAUGAGGACGGUGCCCCAAGCCGUUGCAUGCCCAAGUUUGAGAAUAUUGCCUUCAAUCGUUCUGUGGUAACAUCAAAUGUGUGCGGUUCCCCACCUGAGGACUACUGCAUGCAGACUGGCUCAACGCGCUCAUGCCACUACUGUGACGCGUCAGACCCAGACCUGAGUCACAAUGCCAGCCUCCUGACAGACUUUCACAGGAAUGAGGAGCCCACGUGGUGGCAGAGCCAGUCCAUGUACUAUGGUAUCCAGCACCCCAGUUCUGUCAACCUCACUCUCCACCUGGGGAAGGCUUUUGAGAUAACCUAUAUACGAUUGAAAUUCUACACCAGCCGGCCGGAGAGCUUUGCCAUCUACAAGCGCACAGAGGAGGAUGGGCCCUGGUUACCUUACCAGUAUUACAGCGCCUCUUGUAGGAAGACCUAUGGGAAGGAUGCUAAGGCCUACAUUCGCCCAGGAGAUGAUGAGAGGACUGCUUCAUGUACAGAUGAGUUCAGUGAUAUCUCUCCCCUCACUGGAGGAAAUGUGGCUUUCUCCACCCUGGAGGGACGGCCCAGUGCAUACAACUUUGAUCAAAGUGUGGUGCUGCAGGAAUGGGUGACAGCUACUGACCUGCUCAUCUCCUUGGACAGGCUUAACACCUUUGGAGAUGAGUUCUUCAAGGAUGCUAAAGUGUUGCGCUCGUACUUCUAUGCCAUCUCCGAUUUCUCUGUGGGUGGCAGAUGUAAGUGUAAUGGUCAUGCCAGCGAGUGCGCUGAGGGGGAACAUGGUGGCCUGGUCUGUUCCUGCCAACAUCACACAGUGGGAGAUGACUGCCAGAGAUGUCACCCCUUUUACCAGGAUAGACCCUGGGCCAGGGCCACUGGGGACUCCGCCAACGAGUGUUUGAAGUGUAACUGCAAUGGGAGGUCAGGCGAUUGCGUGUUUGACAUGGAGCAGUACCGGAGCACUGGCAGUGGGGGGCGCUGUGUGAGCUGCAGAGACAACACUGAUGGGCCCCACUGUGAGCGCUGCAGAGAGAACCACCACAGGAAAUCUGCAGAAGAGCCCUGCCAGCCCUGCAGCUGCAACACGAAUGGUUCAGUGAGUCUGCAGUGUGAUGCAGAAGGAAGGUGUGCGUGUCGAGUUGGCGUGACAGGGGAGAAGUGUGACACAUGUCGGGCUGGCUUUCACUCGCUUGGCCCCGGUGGCUGCAGGCCGUGUGAGUGUGACCCCAGCGGGAGUGUGGACGACUGCUCUCCUCUGGAUGGACGUUGUAACUGUAAGCCAAACGUGGAGGGACAGAGCUGUGACAGAUGCAAACCAGGCUUUUUCAACCUACAACAAAUAAACCCAACAGGCUGCCAAUCUUGUUUCUGCUUUGGCCACUCACUGGCCUGCUCCUCGUCCAAUCACUACGCUGCUGUUAACAUCACUUCUGACUUCACUGAAGAUCAGGAUGGUUGGUUGGGGGAGUUCCUCGGCGGGCAAGAAUACCCCCUGUUGUGGAAGGAAGGUGAAGUCUACUUGCUGCCUCUUACCGAGGAAGACAUCGGCUUCUACAAAGCCCCUGAGAAAUUCCUGGGUCACCAAGUGAACAGCUACGGCCAGCUCCUCUCUAUCACCUUCACCUCUGAGACCGCUGAGCUGCUCCCCGACCACGUCACCGUGCUCCUCCAAGGAUCUGGAACAACCCUGUCUGCUGACCUUUCACCCCAACCAGUGCUUGACCAUGACCGUGGCCUCACACCACGGCACUCCUUCAUUGUCAGGCUUCAUGAAAACGAGAUGAGAUUUAAACCUCAAUUGUCUGCCUUUGAGUUCCAGUAUCUCCUGCACAACCUGACAACUUUUAGAAUCAGCAACGCUGGAGGACACAACUACACAUCGCAGCUGGCGGGGGUAACCCUGACCUCAGCUUUCAUCUCCUCUGGUCCAGCCAGCCCUCCUGCCCCAUGGGUGGAAUCUUGUUCCUGCCCCCUUGGUUUUAUAGGCCAGUUUUGUGAGCGGUGUGCCCCAGGAUUCACCUGGGAAGACCCUAGCGAGGGGCCUCUAUCAACAUGUGUGCCGUGCAACUGCCACCAGCAUGGAACGUGUCAUCCAGAGACAGGUGUGUGUGAGUGCUCAGACUUCACCACUGGGAUGACCUGUGAGCAGUGCCUGGAUGGUUACUAUGGCAAUGCUUUGAUUGGCGCGCUUGGUGAUUGUCAGCCUUGCCCUUGCCCGGACCGUACCAGCUGUGCCCAAAUUGCAGAGACAGGACAGGUGGUCUGUACCAACUGCCCUACAGGACAGACAGGGCUGCGCUGUCAGAUGUGUGAAGAUGGUUACUAUGGUGACCCCCUAGGACAAUCUGGGGCAGCUCGACCGUGUUUGAGAUGCGACUGCAAUGGCAACGUGGACUUCAACGCUGUGGGAAUAUGUGACCACAUCACUGGACGAUGUCUGAAAUGCCUGGGACACACAGAGGGCGACCGCUGCCAGCGCUGCCAGCGGGGCUUCUACGGCGAUGCCCUGAACCAGACAGCUGGCCAAAAGUGCAAGCUGUGCAACUGCAAUCCUGCCGGAUCCGCUGGGCAUGUAAACGAAUGCCACCCUCAGACAGGAGAUUGUCAGUGCCUCAGUCAUGUGACCGGACGGGAUUGCAGUUACUGUGAGGUUGGCUUCUUCAACCUCCAAGCAGGUGUAGGAUGUGAGAGGUGCCAGUGUAAUCCAAUUGGCUCGUCGUCCAUCGCGUGUCAUCCAAUCACAGGGCAGUGUGUGUGUCGCGCAGGAGUGGAGGGGAGACUGUGUGAUUCUUGCCGUGUGGGCUUCUUUGGAUUCUCGUCACGAGGUUGCAGAGCCUGUAACUGUGACCCAAUGGGUUCAAUUUCCAUGCAGUGUCACAGUAACGGUACCUGCCACUGUCGCCAGGGCUUCGUGGGUUAUAAGUGUGACAAAUGUGAGUUGAACUAUUUCCACAACAGAGCCACACACCAGUGUGAGGAAUGCCCAAUUUGCUAUGGCCUUGUCAAGAAACAGGCAGAAAAGCUGAGGACUCGCCUGCAGGAUUUGGAGAAGCUCUUGGCUCACUUUGAUUGCCGAGGUAGAUUUGGGAAGCAGCACCACCUGCUGAAGUAUCACAUGGCCAGGCUUUAUGAGCAUGAGCACCAGAGGGAGGAUACUCUACCCAAUGCUCUGGAGGAUUUUCUGGCCUUCCAAGAAGCACGGGAGGCCUUCAUAAAACAAUUUUUCUCACUGGAAGCUUCUACAGGCAAACUCUUAGCCCAGCUGCAUGGCAUUACAUUUACUCUGAACUGCAGCAUCAGCAUGACAGGGGGAGAGAGGAAGGAGAGGAGGAAGGAUGAAGGGAGCAGGGGUGUGUGUCAAACCUUCACAGAGACUAUUUUCAUGAUCAGAGCGUCUCAGAAACAGCUAAAGCAGGCAACACUGGACCUGGACAACAUGAUCAGUCCUUUUGAUGUGGUGUCAGGACCAAACAAAUGGAACAUUAUGGUCAAUGACUCACUGGUCCUGAUGAAAAGUCACAGAGAAAUGGCAGACCACAUUGAGGCCAUAGCCAGCAGGGCGGUAAGAGCCUCUAAGCAGACCUUGCGUUUCCUGAUGGAUCUACUGCUGGACAACUCCACAGAGGAGUACAUCAGGAACCUAACGGAGCAAAUAACACAAAUGCAGCAGCAGAAGGAGAAUCUGACAGUGCAGGUCAAUGAUACUAGAACCAAACACCUAGCCCUUGAGGAGGAAGCUGCUGGUUUAAAGCUUGCCCUGGGUAAUAUCACAUCAUCCUUACAUCAGCUGGCUCUGACAGAUACCAGCCCAUCACCAGAGCCUGACCAAACAAAGUUCAACCAAACACAUCCAAACAACCACACAGGAAAGUGGGGUGAGGAACUGCUGAAACAGACCGACGAGCUUGACCAGCAGAUUCAGACCAAAGACAAUCUCACCAGUAAAAUCAGAAAGGAGAUAAAGCCUCUAAAGCGGACUGCUAAUAAGAAACUGGAGAUGGUGGAUGACAUCAAUGAGUUGCAAGCUCGUGCUCAAGAAGCAAAGGUCAUGGCUUUGUCGUCCGUGGUGACAGGGAAAGAGGUGGAAUCAGACGCCAUUGCCUUGCACAGAGAACUAGACAACAUGGUGAGGGAGUGGCCCCGUCGGCAGGACCAGAUACAGGCUGCAAUGAAGAAGGAGAAACCCCUAGAGGAAAAGGUUUUAGCUGAUGUCAGGAAUAGGGUCUCACAGAUUGAGAAGAUGCUAAAACCUGCUCUGGAAAACUCCAGCCUCACCAACACCACGAAGGAGGCUGAACAAACCGCACAUGUUGCGGGAAAGGAAUCCAAAGCCAUUCUGACCCAGGCCAAACAUACCAGGACUGCAUCUGCUCACCUUAGCUCCCAUAUAGACUCUGCUUUGCAACAGCUGGCUGAGCAGGAGAUACUAACUGACACAGCAAACUCCCAGAUCUCCUCAGAGUCUGAGGUGUCCCUGACCAGUGUAAAGGAAGGCAUGGAAGCAGCCAAGCUCCAGUUAAAGGCCUAUUCUGUUACACUAAGUGAGCUAAUCAGCAAGAUUGAUGGGAGCGUGCCGCUGGAAAGCUUUGACCGGAUCUUGAACGAGACAGCGCGCCGUCUGAGCAUGCUUCGCGGGAGUGUUGAAAGUCCAACACUGGGCUCAAAGAUCCAGAAGCUGCAUUCGGCUGCUAAGGAACAACAGAGCCGGAUGUUUCUCAUUGAACAGGACUUACAGGAGAUCAGGGAGGAGAGAGACAGUCUCAGGGACAUUGUCUUAAACCUGCCUCAGUCCUGUCCCCAGGCCACAACAGGCAAAGGCUAGAUAAAGUAGAUUACGGGGGAUUAAGUCAUUGAUUAGACAUCUGAAUAUCAGAAAAGUCUGGGGGGGGUUGUUAAUAAAAGGGGCUGAGGUCAUUUAUUCUGCUUAAAAACAGUCAGUAAUAUCCGGUCAUAUUCUUCCCUCUUUUCCAACUUUUGCCCCAAGGUACAAUUUAUUUGACCACCUCGAUACAGUGACACACACAUAUUUCCGCCAAAAGCCCCAGACUUAUCCACUGUCUCCAAUGCUUUAUACCUAAUACCUUCCUUGUGUUUUUUUACCCUCAUUUUUUUUCUCCCACUCUCUUUCAUACCAACAACAUCAGAAGUUUAAUUUCACCGUGAAUAAUAAGCAGCCAUUCUAAACUGCUGGAGUGCACUGUCAAGUUUAAAAUAAUGCUGAUUUUCCUUUGUGGGGGUAAAAGGUGUGUCUGAGUGCUUCUCCAAACUGACACAUUCAUUUACACUUGAGCUCUUUUUCAUCAGCCUGGCUUAAUUAACAAUUAGUCCUCUUGGCCUCGUUGGGGUUUAGGUCAGGCUUCAACAGCACACAACCUGUGUUAGGGAUUCUUGCAGUGCCUACCUCUCAUUUUUUGUGGUUUCUCCAUUUUUCUUUCUCUCUGUCACUACCAAAUGGUACCAAUAGUCAUCCCUUGUCUUUGGGUCAUAGUUGGUCACACUGUCUGGCUCCUGGUGACCAAAAUGUAAAAGCCAGUGACCUUCGUACAGCAAAUAUUGCAUUGACAAGCCUUAUCAAGUGAUGGUAUACCAAAAUUAUGUAAGAGACAUAUUUUUAUGUUUUUAUCCAUGUUAAAUAACUGAUCAGACAUUAGACAAAUGUUCUUAUACACACUGUAUGUCCCAGUUACACAUCUACAUCUACUUAUGUAACAAUAUGCAAGGCCUUUACAUAGAAACCAUUACACAAUAAAGUAUACUUGAAAGGGACAUUUUGCAUACUAAAAUGUCUCAAAUUUCUUGUACAAUGGUGCAGUGCACAAUGGAAAUAGAGGUACUACUCACAGCUGAUACAAAAAAUAUAGAUGGUGGUUCAAGAAUUUCUCAGAAAACAAAAACAAUAAAAUCUUUGGACACCA